CGUCGCGUCGUGAGAAAAUACAAUAUUAAUCACACAACAGCUUCAUAUAGUCCAAAGUCCGACUGCUAGCUAACUACUAGCUGUUUACAGCAUCAAAACAGUGCUGCGCAUGUUAGCUAGUAGGCUAAAAUGCUAACAUUGUGCUGAGAGAGCUUAAAAAAAACAAAACUUUAUUAACACAAUGGUUUGGAGAAAAGACUCGACCAAGUAUGGUCACGUCUCCUUGAAUCCAUCCUCUUUAUACAUGCUUGCUUUGGUUUAUUCAUGCUUGAAUCCACAAUCUCUGCUGUAGUGAAAAAAAUAGUGGAUUGAAGUUUUCACUCAUUCUUGAAAUGUGGUCUUUAACACCUGGGUAUUGAAAUUUCACAGAAAGUGUUGAAACUUGUAAAUCACUGCAGGCCAUCAUGGGAAGCAGCGCACAUUUGGAAAGGUUAAGUUUGAGACCAGAGGCAGCUGAAAACGUAUCAAAUAGUUUAACUGCGAUAUGAAUAUGAAAUCUAUCUUGUAAAAAUAGAGCUGUAUCAUCCGCUAGGUUAGCUGACUCAGAGAGAUUACCCUUUCUGCUACCCAAAUACCUUUUUAUGCUACUUUUUAAAUGCAAUUUAAUCAAACUAUUCCCGAAAGCAUAUAGGCUUUUUAUUGAUUUUUUUAAAGUGCUCUUCAAAUCCAAAUAAUUCAAGCGCUUUAAACAUAUAUCAAUGCUCCAUCGAGUGAAAUGGCUUGAGAAAAGAAUGAAACUAUUAUUUAGUAAGUCUGAAUAGUCUAAGAUAUCAAAGAUGAGUCUUAUACUGUCAAUUAUGUAUUUACCAGACAUAAGUAAUUCAGGAUUUUCUUUAAUUUAUUAACUAGACAUAAUGCAAUAAUGUUAUAUUCAUUGUUCAGCAAUGAGACAGGACGCUGAUUAUACAAUAUUAAGACAUCUUUCUGGGGUUUUGGGAUUAUAGUAAUUAAACUGUACCGACCAAUCAAAGAGCGUCAGCCACGUCACAUCAUUCCCGAGAGAGUUUGAUUUGAGAAACAACUUUUAAUUACUCCGGUUUUGGCUGUGUGUUUUUUUGCAAGACUAUACCACAUUGUAAUUGAUCCUCCAACAGUAAUUUAAUAUCUACACAGUUUGUUGUUCCGGUGCUUUAAAAUCAACAGGACACUGGAUGAAAAUGCAGUAAAAGAACAAGAGGAGGACAUGCAGAUAUAAGACUCGGACAAAAUGUCGGACUCAGACUCUGAUUCUGACUUCAGUGACUGUGAAGACAUCAGACACCGGAUGGAUGUUACACGUAAGAACUCGAAGAAGAAUGCAGCGAUCACUUUAAUACAACCAUCAGAGGAAGUUUAUGAUCGAUGGAACCGUAUCCCUGUUGCUGUGAAAAAGGAAGCUGAACAACUGUUGAAACUUUGUGCUUUCUGGCUUCCCAUUCUGCUGCGUAAUGGCAAGUUCAGCACCACAGCUUGCUGGGCUAUAGAAAUAGGUCUAAUCGACUCAAAUGACAGAGAAAAUCUAACUAUGAAGCACAUACACAGGAUAGAAACAUUGGAAGCGAUCCUCAAAGCUUUGGAGAAAGGAAGUUUGAGAAAGGAUCAAACUAAGAAUGUUAUCUGGAUAAGCAACAAGUUUAACUUGCGUUCCCCAGAGGUUCUGGACGAAGCUUUAUAUUGGUUGGAGCAAACAGGAGACGCUUCUAUCAGCCACCGCAUCCGGGAGCUCGGCCAUCCAAACACCUGCUUCACAGCCCUGCACCUCAUCUUCACAGAGUAUGCUCAGUAUAUCCGGGAAAUGGGUAACAAUUUGGAGAAGACAAUGAGGGCACUGAAGCGGACAACCACUCAACCGCCAGACAGUCGAAUAGAGAGAAGUGAAGAAAUGAAGAAGAAAGGAAAUGAGAGCUUUCAGAAAAAUCAGUAUGAAGAAGCUGUGAAGUUUUAUUCCAAAGCCAUCAAAUAUUACCCUGACAACCACAAAUUGUAUGGAAACAGAGCCUUAUGCUAUAUCAGAAGUGAGAAAUAUCUAAAAGCGGUUGGUGAUGGAAAACGUGCUACUCUCAUAAAACCACUCUGGGCAAAGGGUCACUACCGAUACUGUGAAGCCUUGUUCUCCAUGGGAGAAGUCAACAUGGCGAUCGAAGCCAACAAGUCAGCCCGGAAUCUGUGUAAAGAUGAUAAAGAGUCAAUCAAAGAACUGGAACAGCAACACAUGAAAUUCAUUGGCGAUUACCUGAAACGGAAAGAGUCCAGAGAGGUCGCUGGAAACACGACUGACUCACGACAACAGUCUGGAAAAGCUGUUAAUAAGAUUAAUGCAGCAGCAGCACCGCACAAAAAGCUCAGCGGGGCUGUAAUGAAGAAGCUGACCCAACAAGAUUAUCAUCAUAAAAACUUAAUGGCAAAUAUUCUCUCUGCAGUGAAAAAAGAAAGGACCCAGCAGGCAGAUGGAAACACUAAAGACUCUAAACCAUCAAAGAGUGAGUCUUCUUCAAAGAAUGGAAAAGGAGACUCAAACCCUGCAGCAAAGAAGAAAUCAAAGAGCAGAAAUGGUUCGUCUGAGGAUGAGAAAGUGGCUGAUACUAAAUCAGAUGUGUGUAGAGAGUUGAGAUCUAUGGUGCAUGACGCCCAUACCGCCCUGACCGACCUCCGCAGCCGGAACGCCGAGCAGGCCUUCAGCCGGGCACUGGCCUUAGUGGAUACCAGUACACCCAAGGAAUUUGGACUUUCCACUCUGGAUGUGCCGUUGUUGCUGUUUGGCCGUGCAUCUGCUUUGACGGAAAUCGGCCAGCCUGAGGAACUUGCAGAAGCUCAAAAACUUCUGGAGAAGAUCAAAUCAUUUGAGGAGAGGACGUUUCAGUGUCUGGUUUACUACGCUGUUGGGAAGGUGUAUGUCAAAGAGAACAGGUUUGCAGUUGCUCUGGAACAGUUUUCAGAUUCCCUGCAGAUGGUCAAGAAUCAAAUAAUACCGGGUAAACUCACCUGGCCUUUAACAAAAGAGAUUGUUAAAGAAACGCAGCAAGACUAUUUCAAGGAAAUUCUUGAGAGUGCUAUAGAAUUGUGCAAAUUUCCGCCUAUUCCUGAUGCCAUUUGUCGACAUGAGAAAUGCCAUGGCCAUUUGAAAACGGAAAUCUAUUUCACUGACCCAGAUUUUAAGGGCUUCAUUCAAAUACGCUGCUGUCAGAGUUGCGUCAUUGAAUAUCACAUCACCUGUUGGAAGAUGCUCAAGACAUCAUCCUUCUUUGAAAAGAAUGAAAAGGAGUUCCUGCAAGAAGUGUGUUUGACUCCAGACUGUGUCGGUCAAAUCUGUAGUAUCAGAAUCUUUGGUCCAACAGGCCUGGUAAAAUGUAAGUUUGAAGUUGCCAUCACUAAACCUCAGACUCCAAAGAAGCCAAGAGUGAAUCAGAAAUGUACAAGUGUCAAGAAGUUAAAAUCAAAGGAAGAACGCAGACUCAAGAGGAAGCAGCAUAAGCAGUCAUUUCAAGAUAACCUGACUAUCAGGGAUGAGAUUCUGCUGCAGAAAGACGACUCAGCAACCCACAGUCAACAGAAAGUGUCGUCAGCCUGGUCGCUGUACAGGGAUCGAGUUCUUCUGCAGAUCAGCCAGAACAUGGAGCUGCUGAGAGAGGAUAAAGGCUUCCACGUGUCAACCCUGACCAGCAGUCUGAAGCCCUGGCUGGAGCUGGACUUGUCGAGGGGCAACCAGAUAGCUGGGAGGAUACUGAACUGGCAGCAGGAGAAGCUGGAGACUCUUGGUCAGACCGUUGAACUGCUACUAGAGAGGAAGAACCGGGUUUGGGCUCGUGUCCUCAUCCACCUACUGUCUGGCUGUCUGGAUACAAAUCCCAAACUCAACAACUGGGCCUGCCAGCUCAAUGAUGCAGGUCUGAAUGCUGCCAAAUUCUUCAUUGAGCGCAACGCAGAACACUUGGAGCAGCUGAACCUUGCUCUUCUGCUCAAUUUUGGCCCGUUGCAGGAGAUGAUUAUAGAGAAAAUAGGUGUUAGGCCUGAACUUUUUUCAAGCAUUGGUUUGACUGUGACUGAAUACCUAAAACAGGCCCCACCACAUGACAUGAGACUCUUUAUCUGGACUCUGGAGGAGCAUAGGGAUGACUAUGACUCUUGCCACACUAUAUUGGAUGAGUAUUUUGAUAUGAUGGAUGGACAUUGUUCAGUCCUAAAAAAGUCUGAUGAAAAUAAUUCUCCUAUGAAGACUAAGAGUCGAGGCCGGAAAAAGAAACAGAAAGAACCAAAGGGUGUUAUUGUUUUGUCUGGGAUGAGAGGUGUAACGCCAAGAGACGAUAGGGACCAAGACUUUUUUGAAGAUGACUCUUUAUCAUUCCUUCAUCCUGUUGAUCCAUUCAGUGUACCCAGUCACCUUAGAGAGCAAGUGACCGAUUUUGAGGAGCAGUACAACAGCAUGAGACACAGAAGUCACUUUAAAAAGAUUUUGGACAACAACCCAGACCCAACAAAAGAGAGUUUGUAUGACUACUUUGCCCAGAUCUUGGAAGAGCAUGGACCCCUGGUUGCUGAGGACCCCCUGCUGGUGGGUGAAGUUGAAAAUUUCCCUCGUGUGGCUCAGCUGAAGAUCCAAGAAGCGGGCGGCUUUGAGUGCUUCCUCCUGGAGUCUCUUCGCUUCAUAAAGAUGGGGAGGAGUAUCGGCCUGGCUAAGCACGCCGUUUCCCUGCAGCAGGCUGAACAUGGAAGCAGCCUGGAUGACCUGGAUGACUUAGAGGACCCUGACACAAACUCUUCACCUCCUGAUUUGCAUACAUGUUAUGAUCCGGAGUUCACAAACUAUAUGAACAAUUAUUCAUCUUCACAGACUGACGUCUAUCCUGUCCUCCCAAAUCCUUAUGCAUUUGGCACGCAACCUCCUCCACUUGUCCAGUCAGCUAUUGGAGGAACUCUGAUGGGGAUUGAUCCCUUCUCCCAUUGGAGUAACAGUGAUGGCCUUGACAGUCAACAGCAUGCUGCUUACUUUUUGCCUAAUGGCUAUGAGGACCUGGAUUCUCAUGACAGUGAGAUAGAUGUUGGUGUUUGGGAGACUGAUUCAUCUUCAGGUGGAAUCGCUUCAGUGACAUCUGAGGAAAGCGUUUUCAAGAAACAUGAAGCAGUACAGACAUGUCCAGAGAACACGAGGAGUGUAGCGGUGAAUACGGAGCCUCAUGAGCGUUUUGAGAGCUGCCAUGGUGACAUCCAUAAAAAAGAAAAGAGCAUCAAGGAGUUAAAGAAGGAUAUCAGUAAAAUGGAAAAUGGCUGUGACGAAAUCAAUCUAAAGCACAAAGAAGAAAUCGUCUUUUUUGAGGAAGAGAUAAAGGAGAUCACUGUCAACAUUCAAGUGACCAAUAAGGAGCUGGCACUGUUCCAGCAGAAGCUGGAAGAGGAGGUGAAGAAGGACCAGAUGGAGAAGAAAGCCAACCAGGAGGUACUGAAGUCCCUGAAGGUGGAGAUAGAAAAGUUGGUGGAGGAACAUGGGAGUCUCACCCAAAACAUCAGAGAGAAGAAAAAAAGCUAUGACGGAAAGCUGACUGAUUUUUUGGGGCGGAGCAAUCAGUCAGCAGCUGAGAAGAUGAGUCUGGAGGACGAGAUCAAGCGAUGUAAAGCCUUGUUCAUGAGAGCUUCCAGGAGGUCUCACACAGCUAAGUUGUCAGUUGCGGAGAGCAGCCGGGACCAGGGACUGUACGGCCCCUACAGAGAGCUGGCAGACUCCAAGGCUUUGCUGACCCAACUGGACGAAGUGGCACACAAAUUUCCACCCCAAGACCUGGAAAUUACUAGAAAAAGCUGUAGAGCCAACGUCCAAGAACUUGAAAAGAAAAUUUCCACUGCUGAGAUGCAUUACCAGGAGCAGAUGGAUCAAGUGAAGAAUGGCAGAAGAGUCAGUGAGCUGUUUCCAGUCAACAACACCAAACAGCCUGAACCAUCAGUUAAACCGCUGUCAAUGGCAGCCAAAGACAUUACUCCUCAGUCUUCAGCCACAGCCUCUCACAGAACUUCCCCACACAUCCAGCAGUCAGCUCCAGCUGCAGCUGCAGCAGAGGCGCCGGCUGCUGUGGCUAAGAUGCAGCACAAACCUCCAACCAGGACACUGCAGCAUCCACACAGCACUGUGUUUGAGAAGGCUAUGGAGCGCCUGGCCACCAUAUUCCCUGACUAUACAAGGUCGGACUUGAUGAGGUUUGUUCAGGAGCUGCGUUCAUCCAGCGGUGGAAGUCUUACCAGCAUGGCGCUGCAGGAUGUGGUUGGUGGAGUGACCCAGCUGAUCCUGGACCAUCAGGAGAAGCUGAAUUCUGCCAAAGCCAGCGCCAUGGGGUGUAGGAGUCCAGCUCAUCAUGCUACGCCCCCUUUGGUAACCUCGGCUCCUGUCUGGCAGCAUCUUGGACCCCAAAGAGCCACACAUUCCAAUGCACUGAACAUGGAGGAUCCUUGCAUCAUUUGUCACGAAGACAUGAGUCCAGAUGACAUCUGCGUGCUGGAGUGCAGACACAGCUUCCACAAGGAGUGUAUAAAGUCGUGGCUGAAGGAACAGAGCACCUGUCCCACCUGCCGAGAUCACGCCUUGCUGCCUGAUGAUUUCCCGGUGCUGCCCGGCAGGAGACACCAAGCACCAUAAUGUCUUAUCCAUGUUCUCCUCCUCAUCCCUCACUACCCAUGUCUGAUUUUAUCUUGUAUUAUUUAUUUUUCCAUUUAUUUCAUUAAACUGUAAAAAUGUGUUGACUUGAGGUUUUGUAUCAUCAGUUUAGGGAGGCUCCAUUCCAUUUCACACUUUAAGGAAAUAGAAAUGUCUUGUGUUGGAUGCUCAUCUGUCACAUCUCAGAUAAAAGAUUAGAAAUUUCUGAAGGCCAACCAGGGUUUCUGCCAGUGUAUUGUAAACUUGGCGGCCCCCCGGACCUAAACAUUAGGGAUUUCUUUUCUUUUUGUUUUUAAAUGUGUUUUUAAAAUGUUUUUUAGCUGGACCGCAACAGCGGGGCAGUUACAUUAUUGGUCUGUCAAAUGCUACGUGACUGAGUGAUGAAGUUAUACCAUUAGUCAGCCAAAUGCAGCCACUUCGUGUAUCAGUUUCAAAUUAUAAGUCCUCUAGCGUUUCAUUCAUGCAGCUCGGUUGGAAACAUACAUGUAAUAGUUGGAAAGCUCUUUUGUUCCAGCAAUUCAGGCCUUUGUUACAGCAUUCCAAGACUGUACAUUGUCACAUUCUUCGUUAGACUGCAAUAGUUAUUUAUUUUUUUAAAAUGUGUGUUGAAUAAAUUAGUUAUUCAUAACAACACAUUACGUAGUCAUAUUUUCAGAUCUCCAGUCAGCUUUUAGCAUUGACUUGUAGGUAUGGAUGUAGGUAGGGCCCUGUUGAAUCUGCACUGUUAUCCGCAAUUCAGGCUGUGAUUCUGUUAUAUCAGAAACAAGAGGGCCCUACCUUAAUGCUGCCGUCAAAUGAUGCUUGCCACCGGGCCUAACAACUUUUCUGGGGGAAACCCUGCCAACGCUGCACUUCUUUACUGCCAUGAAGUGCGGUGAUUUCUUGUUUACACGGCUACAUACAGGCUACACAACACAAUGCUCAUUGAAUAACAAUAACUUUACAUCAAAGUGCUAUUUCUUCUGCUCAAAAUCAGAACAAUGGAGAACAGUGUUUAUCAAGGGUUAAUAUUUCAAUAAUUUGUGUACAUAAAUUAGUAACUGAUCAGAGAUGUGUCUUAACUGCAUUUCAUUCAUUGCACUAGUAGACAAAUCAACUAUUACAGUUUACUUCUGUAAAUGUCCAAAUGUUGCAAGCUAAAGGAAUAGUUUAACAUUUUGGGAAAUACGCUUAUUUGCUCCCUGCCAAGAAAUAGUCAAGUACACAACCUCCUGCAAAACCACGAUAUGUUGUUUUUACACUUCAUGGAUUAUAAAAUGUCUUCAUUACGAAACUUUAGAGAGGCUGAUAAGUAAUAGAAAUAUAUAUUAUUUUUCAGACAGAGCCAGGCUAGCUGUUCCCCUUGUUUUACUCUUAUGCUAAGCUACACAUCUCCUGUAGCUUCAUAUUUAUUAGAUAAACGGAGAUAUAGAUAUAGAUCUUCUCAUCUAACUCUUGGCAAGAAAACAAAUAAGCAUUUUCCUCAAAUGUUAAAUUAUUCCUUUAAUUUUGAAAAUGUCAGUCCUAGUAAUUCAACAAAACAAUCCUAACUCAAGGUCCACUUACAAACUUUUUCCUUGCACUUUCAACCAUAUCAUACAUUCAUCAGCUGAGUGAGUUUACACAGUUGUCAGUAGUUGUUAGGAUGCAUCUCCAUGACAACUAAGCAAACUCCAUCUGCUGAUAGACUGUGCAAUGAUGGAAAAAGCUAGUACAAUAAGUGAACCUUGAACUGUCUUCAUUUUUUUGGACAUACUUUGAAUAAUAACAUUCAGUGACACAGUUUAUGGUUCUGGGUUCACCGAUUGACAGACAACCUGAAACCUGGUACAUUGUAAACUCUUUAAUGUUUGUUACUGUAUAACUUCACAGGUAAAAUGCCAAAAUGUACAUUAAAACGUGAUAUUUAUGACAAUAAAAGAAAAUAAUAAACUAUAUUAAACAGU